CCGCGAGCCUUCCCGUCGUAACAGUCGAGCCGCACCGCUGGCCGCGACAAGACCAGCUGCCAUCGUCAGUGUCGUGAACUUAACUCCUUACGGAACUUAGCAGGCGCCGGCGUCCGUCUGCUGUCCAGGCCAAACGUGCCCGCGUGCUGAGACGAGGUGCUUUUGGUGGUCCGCGAAGAUGCUACCCCGGCCUUCCUUAUCCUCUUGGCGCCAGGGAGCCCGGCUAUCCGCGGCCAUGGUCCUCCUGAUGGCUCUCACGGGGGUGCAGGCCGCCGGGUACCAAAACAGCCACCCACUCGGCCUCAGUAGUCGGCUUAACAGGAUGGUGGAUGAGGUGGACGCUUCCAUCUGGGAGAAGAAACAGCACAUGAGUGGAAGGCACAGCUAUCCACCUUAUGGGAAUGACCUGGACGAGGACGAGGUCACCAUUGUACAGACAUCCUUGGAGGAGCAGGAGACCCACCCCGAGGACAUGCAGGAUUACGUCAACAACGCUCCAUGGACGCGGCGACGCACAGGACACAGCCAACCGAUCAACACAAUAGACAUGCAGUUGAUCAAGCUGGCCGCGAUGAAUGCCCAGCGCGUGAAGACCGAGGGGCGGUGUGAGGUGCCCCAGCAGAGGUGUGAGGCAAUCCGCUCCCCACACCACCCAGCCGAUACUGUGUUCCUGCCACGCUGUGCCCUCCUGCAUCGCUGCGCUGAGGACACCGGCUGUUGCCUCUCCGAUGAGAACGUCUGCGCCCCCGCCGAGACUGAGACCGUUGAGCUGUUCUUCUAUGCCUUUGGCGGCAUGCGCGCUAAGAUCGAGGUGAUGACCUUUGUGAACCAUACCCGCUGCUCCUGCCUGUCUCGCAACCUCGCAGCGGCCCCGGGAUCUACCCCUGUCAACUGCACAUGUCCCCGGUUCUACUCACCCACGCCCGUCGACGGCCAGUGUGCUUGUGACUGUGACCCGGGCCGCUCCAAGUGCCGCCGGUACAAGAAAGGCCGCCGCUACUUCUCCUCGGCUGACAUUAAAUGCAUCACCACCGGGGAGUGCGUGGAGCCUACCUGUGAGUAUGGUCCCUUCCUCUUACGGCAGCGGAGAUGUACCAAACGGAGGGAGCGAGAGAGGUACCAAACGAGCCGGAAGUAAGCCUCGUCUCUCAGCCUCUCCAGGGUUCGCGGCGCCCGACCAGCACAAGAACGGAGGCUGCGCGGAAGCUGUCUCCUCUCCUCCUUAGGGGCUAAUACACUGGGUACAUUUUCCGUGGAUCUUCAGUCAAACCACGAUUCCCGCUAGCGUGGUUCUCAUUUGCUUCUUGUUAUUGCCGAUGAUGAUGAUGAGUAAUACCAUCGUAGCUUUGGAAGAUCGUGGACACGUCUGAAAACCACGCCAGCGGAAAUCGUGGUUUGACUAAAGAUCCACGGAAACUUUGCCCAGUGUGAUAGGGGCCUUAUACCCCCGGGCCCGGCGAGCAGACUCCACCGUGGGCGCUGCUCGGCUCAGGGAGUGUGCGGCCAGAACGGAGGUUGCUUCUGCUGUUCUGUGCACCCCCGGGCCCGGCGAGCAGACUCCACCGUGGGCGCUGCUCGGCUCAGGGAGUGUGCGGCCAGAACGGAGGUUGCUUCUGCUGUUCUGUGCACCCCCGGGCCCGGCGAGCAGACUCCACCGUGGGCGCUGCUCGGCUCAGGGGGGGUGUGCCGCGGCCUUCAGCCCCAGGUGUUGCAUCGGGUGUUGGGUAAUGAUCAAUGUUAAGACGUGCCGUUCAGCACACUCUAUUAGUAAUUUAUUAAGUCUAUUUUGGUCCAUUACAUUACGUUAAGAAUUAUAAUUGUUGUCUAGCUACUUUCUCUCUCUCUCUCUCUCUCUCUCUCUCUCUCUCUCUCUCUCUCUCUCUCUCUCUCUCUCUCUCUCUCUCUCUCUCUCUCUCUCUCUCUCUCUCUCUCUCUCACACACACACACACACAUACACAUACACACACGGCCCGGUAGCCCAGUGGAUAGAGCGUCUGCCUCAUAACCAGAAGGACCGGGGUUCGAUUCUCCGGCCGGGUGAAGAUAAAUUGGGUUUACCUUCUCUCACGUGUAGCCCUGUUCACCCAGCAGUGUACGCGACGUCAGGCAAGGAGUUGUGACCUCGUUGUGGCGGUGUGUUGUGUGGGAGUGGUCUGUCCUACCCAAAGAUCGGUACUGUGAGCUCUGUGGUCUUCCAUAGGGGAACGGCUGGAUGUAUGACCCGCAGCAGACCAGGAGGUGAAUUACACACACACACACACACACACACACACACACACACACACACACACACACACACACACACACACACACACACACACACACACACACACACACA